GUGAUAGUCGUUGUUUUUCUAUUCGUAUGGUGUGGCCUUGAAGUUAAAUAAGAGGAUACGGCGUCAAAAUGUACUUCGGAGUUGUUAUCACGUUUUCGUUUAUAAUCAUAGAGUUACACGCAGAACGCUCAUCUAGAUCCUUAAUUUCAGCCUCAAACGACACGUCGCACGUUUAUUUUCAUUAUGUGAGCGUGGAUGAUGUGAUUACUCAAGGCCUCGAUAUAGUUGCGAUGGCUGCGUUUGAGGAAAAAAUAAAUACUACUGGAUGGUCAUCACUUACGGUGGCAACAUCGUCUAACUUUCCUGACUAUAUACAAGCUUACUGGGCUGGAUUUCUGGAAACUAACAUUACAUUAACUUUAACCGUAUCUCAGUGGAUAAACACUGUCAGAGAUAUGUGCCCGAUUCCAUUUUCUAAGGACUGUAAAGUGAUACAGAAGUACCUAUCAGAAAAUAUGGCUUAUAUGUUGGAUGAAGCUUACAAAAAUGGCAAGCAUAGUCCUUUUUGGUAUCAAGUUGCUUUGCAGUUAUGGCAGCUUAAGGGAAUGUCUGAUGCCUUUAAUAGGAGAUUCAUUGACAGGGCAGAUUUAUUAAACCGUGAUUACUUAGAUACAUUGAUUAACGAAGUAAUGGGGAUUUAUUUACUACAACUCAAUGGUGAUCUUGGUGAUUUAGUCAGUGCGUUAUCUGUUCCUGCUUUGAUGAAAGGCAAAAACACAAUGGGACACCCAUUUAUCACCAGUCCAUCGUGUUCAGCAUUAAUUAAAAUAGUUGGCAGUAAUGUAUAUUUGUCUCAUGUUACAUGGUCAUCAUACAGUAUUAUGCUACGUGUACUGAAGCAUUAUAAUUUUCCUUGGAAAGCUGUUAAUACUACAAAUUCAGAGAAAAUUCCUGGUUCUGCAAUCACAUUUUCUUCGUAUCCAACAUUUACCAGUUCAGUUGAUGAUUUCUAUUUAACAAGUGCAAAUCUUACUAUUAGUGAAACUACUAAUGGUGUAUAUAAUAAAACGCUAUGGAAUAUUGUUCGUAAUGGUAGUAAAAAUUCUGUAUUCACAUUUAUGCGUACUAUGGUUGCCAAUCGUUUGGCCAGAACUGGAGAUGAAUGGAUCCAAUAUUUCAAAUACAACAAUAGUGGAACGUAUAAUAAUCAAUGGAUGAUAUUUGAUGCCAAACAAUGGCCAAAAUAUAGAGGAUCGCUUAUGAUUGCUGAACAGUUACCAGGCAUAGUGUCUAGUCUUGAUGUUACAAAUAUACUGAAAGUUCAAGGUUACUGGGCCAGUUACAAUUUACCGUUUAUUGAUGACAUCUACAUACUCAGUGGAACAAAGCAGAUGGCUGAAAUGUAUGGAGACUGGUAUGUACACAAUAAGACAUCAAGAGCAAGAAUUUUCCGUCGUGAUCAUCACAAAGUUGUUGAUUUUCCAAGUAUGAUGUCACUUAUGAGAUAUAAUGACUUCAAACAUGACCCAUUAUCUGCUUGUCCGUGUAAACCUCCAUACACGAGUAAUAAGGCGAUAUCAGCACGAGAUGAGCUGAAUGAUCCGGAGGGACAGUACCCAAUUCAUUCGUGGUCUUACCGUCUACAUGGAGGGACGGACGCCAAAAUUGUUGACUUAUCAAUGAUAAAUCAACUGAACAUGAUCGCAAUCAGUGGACCGACCUACGACAACUUUCCUCCAUUUCGUUGGUCACUAAUUAAAGAUGUACAGAAACCUAUAAUGCACCCAGAUAAAUGGCAGUUCCCACCUGUGAUCACCAACUUCAUUGACUACCUAAGCACAAACAGCAACAUUUUUACUAAAUUCCUUUCUUUCGAAUCACUUUUUAGCCCUGUUUUGUAAAAAUGAAUUCAUGAACGAUGUUGCUGUAGACUACUCUGUAAUCCGAAAUCACAUAUAAAUUAUAACUCG